AUGGCUCUUGAGAAAACCAGUUUGGAUCUCCUUACCAAGAACACAGGUGACAACAAAUCAGUUGAAGAAAAUGAUGCUUUGGAAACUAAGGAUGAAAAGAGGUUUGUAGCUUUGGUUACUGAAUUGCAUCAAGUGAAUGCUGAAAAUCAAAGAUUAAGAGAGUUGAUUGAUCAGAUGAAUAAUAACAGCAACGCAGUACGCAUGCAACUUAUCAAGAUAACGCAGAAGCAGCAUAACUUACGGAAGAAUGGAGUGGAUGGAGAGAAAGAAGAGAUGGUUCCAAGGUCAUUUUUAGACAUGGGUGUGGCUGAAAAGGAUGAGGCUUCGCAGCAAUCCUCAGAGGAAAAACUCAGAGAAAGCAAAAGCGUGGUUGAUUUGAUGCAUCGGUGUAAGGGUAAUGAGAAAGAUGUUGAAGAAAAGUCGGAUUGUGGAAGGGAAAGCUCAAAAGCUAGAAUGGAAGGUGACCAAGAACUUUCCAACAAAGUUCCUAAAUUGGAUCAAAAUUCAGAAACCUUGUCAAUGAUCAAGAAAGCCCGUGUGUCAGUUCGAGCAAGAUCAGACUCUACAAUGAUUGCAGAUGGAUGCCAAUGGCGAAAGUAUGGGCAGAAGAUGGCAAAAGGGAAUCCAUGUCCAAGGGCCUAUUAUCGUUGCACAAUGAGUACCGGCUGCCCAGUGCGUAAACAAGUACAAAGGUGUGCAGAAGAUCGAAGUGUGUUGAUCACUACAUAUGAAGGGCAACAUAAUCAUCCACUUCCUCCCACAGCUCAGGCAAUGGCCUCAACCACAUCUGCAGCUGCUUCAAUGCUUCUUUCUGGAUCAAUGCCAAGCUCAGAUGGCCUAAUCAAUCCAACCAUUUUGGAAAAUGCUUCACUUCCAUGCUCUCAAAACAUGGCUACUCUCUCUGCCUCAGCUCCAUUUCCCACCAUCACACUCGAUCUCACUCAAAAUCCUACCAAUUCCUCACACCACCAAAGGGAUCCACACAACCAACUCAGCCUCCUCUCUCCCCUUUUGGCUCAGAAGUUCAUGUCGGUUCCAAAAUUAUUCGGACACUCACUGUGUGAUCAAACUAAGCUUGCUGGCUUACAUGAAUCUCAGGGAAUGGACACUGCAGCUCCAUCGUUUGCUAACUCACUGAAUGCAGCAACUGCUGCUAUCACUGCAGAUCCCAAUUUCACUGCUGCACUUGUGGCAGCCAUAACAUCUGUCAUGGGAAGUUCACAUUCAAACACCAGUGGCACCAGUAACACUACUGGGGAUCACCACUGCAAUAAUAAUGCAUGAG